AUGACUGGCAAAACACAGACCAGCAACGUCACCAAUAAGAAUGACCCCAAGUCCAUCAACUCCCGUGUUUUCAUUGGCAAUCUAAACACAGCCAUUGUCAAGAAAGUUGACAUUGAAGCCAUUUUUUCAAAGUAUGGGAAAAUAGUUGGAUGCUCAGUUCACAAAGGUUACGCAUUUGUACAAUACAUGAGUGAGCGGCAUGCAAGGGCAGCAGUCGCUGGAGAAAAUGCCAGAAUCAUCGCAGGCCAGCCCCUUGAUAUCAACAUGGCAGGAGAACCCAAACCCUACAGACCAAAACCUGGAAACAAGAGGCCCCUUUCUGCACUUUAUAGACUUGAGUCAAAGGAGUCUUUCUUAUCUGUUGGUGGUUACAUCUUUGACUACGAAUUCUACAGAGAUGACUUCUACAAUCGGUUAUUUGAUUACCAUGGCCAUGUUCCUCCACCUCCCCGUGCGGUCAUCCCACUGAAGCGCCCCAGGGUAGCUGUCACAACAACACGCCGGGGAAAAGGAGUCUUUUCCAUGAAAGGGGGACCGAGAUCUACCAUCAGCGGUUCCUCUUCAUCAGGCUCUAAAUUGAAAUCAGAUGAGUUACAGACAAUCAAGAAAGAGUUAACGCAGAUCAAAACUAAAAUUGACUCCUUGCUAGGGCGUCUGGAGAAGAUCGAAAAGCAGCAGAAGGCAGAGGCAGUUUCUACAGGUAAAGUGAUCUGAAUUGAAUGAUGCAAACACAAAAGAGAAACUGACAACCCCCAGAAAUGUGAAAGGAGGUUCCUUACUGGAUAGCAGCAUCUUUGGCUCAAGUUAUAUAAAUACCUAAAUAAAUAAUAAGAACGGUAUUAUUCGAUCUUAGAAAUUUUAUUUCUUCUAUGUUCUAAGCUAUAUAAUUGUCAGGUUUUUAUGGUUUAAAUUGUAAAUGUGUGUUUCCCUUUGCUAAUUAUGCUUGGAGUUUUUUUGUCUUAAAAUGUGAAAGAUAUUAUGAAUAAUAAGGGAGACACUGUAAACAAAUGUAUAUUUGUAAAAGCUAUUUUUAUGACUAGCAUGUUUUACCAUUGAUCAUAUACAA